AUGCUCCUUCACGAAGACCACGAUGCUUCAUCACCAUCCAGAAACUCCUCCCCCGAUGUCGUCCUUAUGGUGUCCAAUCCAGACAUCGGACAAAUGGAUAGAGGAACCAGUCCUCACCCAAGCAAUGCUGGACGAAUUGAUAGAGGAACCAGCCCUCACCAUCCAGAGCCCGCCAUCGUCACCCUCACUCCACACCUCAAUAACUUCUCAGAUGACGACGCCGAGGACUACGCCAAGUUCAAAGAAAGGGAAAGAACUCGCCGACCGUCAUCCCAGGGGCCCCCACGAGAUGCAUCACGGAAUGAAAACCCUGAUGACAGAAACCCACCGGGCUCUGACGAAGUACCAAUGGGAGUUCCACCUCCUGCUACAAUCGCGGCGAACGUUGGAGCUGCAGGUCCCUCGGGACUACGAGCAAGAACAGCAGCUCAACUCCCAAGCCAUGGAGAAAUUAACUCGAUACCAGUUAUACAGGGAGCUACACCUCCACCAGUACCAACUGGUGGACAGAUUCCCCGCUCCAUGGGAAGAACUACCCUUGGUACAAAUCCUCACGCCAGAGAAUUGGAGCGACACGCGGACGCGCUCCUCCAGCGAAGCACUAUCUCCGCGAUCAGAGGACUCGCCCUCCAAACAGACCCUGACACCGCCUCUUGGUAUGAACAUAACGACGGACGACCACGAGCUCUCCUCAUCCAUCCCGACAAAUUCUCCCAGUAUGUCAACAGAGAGCUCCUUCCAGCUCUCCUCUUCACCGGAGAACUGGGCGCCGUCCAACCAAAUAGGACCGACCCUUUCCGCGUUGUUGUCUGGAAUGUACCACGUCCCGGAGAACGUCCCACGGCUGUACCAAAUCCAAGAAGGGCUCCGCGCACGGUCGUGGAACGCCCUCCACCGAGGCCACGGGAAAGUCGCCCAACACAUAGCAAUCCCACGAUGUCCCCCUCUCACCGGGUACGAAAUCUUCCCUUAUCCCAUGGGGGCACCGACGAGGAGGAACCGCCCGUCUAUCGAAGAAACGAGGGAAGAAGAAGUCGAGGAACCCAGGCAACCCUCCGCCGCGGAACAACUACUGGCGGGAGUGUUCGACACCGGCCUGGAACGCCUCCUCCUAGUGCUCGAUUUCGUACAGACGAGGGACAGAAUAACCGAAGUAGCCGCAGAACUCACCGCACUGAUUCGGAGGCUAGAAGAAAUCGCUCUUGGACUCGAUCCGAGCUCGAUGCAUGGGAUGCUUUAGAUGACCCGGGAAACUACGACGACGCCGAUCCGUAUUAUCGGCCUGAUGAAGGAGGCGAUGGGUACCAAGGACCCUAUGACUACUAG